AUGUACAUACAUACACAGACACAUGUACAUACACACACACAGUACAUGCACACACACAUGUACACACACACAUACAUGUACAUACACGCAGACACAAGUACAGAUACACAAAUGUACAUACACACACACACAUACAUCCCUAUAAAAAGUUGCAGUACUUCAUUGGUCACUCACAGAGCCGGGUACUGCACUCUAGGGGGAGGCAGAGAGCACAGCACACACUCCUUCCUUUGCUUCCACUGCGCUCAGCUAUUGAGCAGUCUGACGGUUCCCAGUGCAAGUGACAGAUCAGGCCUGAGCUCCGAGCCUGCUCAGCCCUGGGUUAUACACUCGCCCCCACCAUAAUUUCUACUCGCCAUUGGCGAGCAGGCGAGUGGAAAUUUCAAAGCCGCCUGAUAUAAAGGAUAGCAG